AGUUACGGUCGUAAUUGGAUUUGCAUUGUUAGUGUUGUUGACUGUUCGCGAGAAGCGCAUCGUGAAAGAUGAGAGGUGAAGUUGACCAUUGCUUGGCACUUCAGAGACAGGAAGGACAUGUUUGGGAUUCAGUGAAAAAAGCAGCUUUCAUCCUGGGCUCAGGACUACUGGUAUUUGCAGCAUUCAGGAACACACUGACAUGGCAUCUGCAGUGGUUCUGGGGAGCUUCUGGAGACUUCUGGCAAUCCCACUGGGAAAAGGUUCACAGCUUCUUUGGCGGGAAAGAGUGGGCUCUCUUUUUACUUGGCACUCUGGUGAUUCCCACUCUUGUCUUUUGGCUGUUUAAUGCACUUUUGACCAUGGUGGAUCUGACGGGAAAGCCCAGAGCAGUAGCUCGCUACAAGAUUCAGAUUGGUAAGAACCAGCCAUUGGACCCAUCUCGGCUUCACCAGGCAGUUGCCACAGUGCUUGUUAAUCAAUUCUGCCUCUCUUUGCCGAUGGUGGUGCUGAUGUACCCUGUCAUGCAAUGGCGGGGGAGCCCAUGUGGGCCGGAGCUGCCCACCUUCCACUGGGUGCUGCUGGAGCUCAGUGUCUUCGGGCUGCUGGAGGAGCUGCUCUUCUACUAUUCCCAUCGGCUUUUUCAUCACCCAACUCUCUAUACGAGAAUCCACAAGAAGCACCACGAAUGGACAGCGCCGAUCGGUGUGAUCGCCCUAUACGCACAUCCCAUCGAGCAUGUGUUUUCUAACAUGCUACCAUCUAUGGUUGGACCAAUACUUUUGGGAUCACACGUGGCCACCACAAUGCUUUGGUUCUGUUUAGCACUUCUGGUCUCCACGAUCUCACAUUGUGGCUACCAUUUGCCAUUCCUGCCAUCACCAGAGUUCCAUGAUUUCCAUCACCUGAAGUUCAAUCAGUGCUAUGGUGUACUCGGUGUCCUGGAUCGUCUUCAUGGCACAGAUACCGUUUUCAGACAAACCAAAGCUUAUGAGCGGCACACACUUCUGCUCAGCCUAACUCCGCUGUCUGAGAGCAUUCCCAAUUCCCCCAAGGAAAAGUGACGCGGGGUCAAGCAAACAGUUGAGAUGUCCAUUUCUCCUGCUUUAAUAAUCCUUAAUAAUGAAUGUUGCGGUUUGAUUUUAUCUGAAGGAAUCUGCUGUUUGGGAUCGGCACACUUCGCCCAUCUUAAUCUAUACUAAUAAAACAACAAUUUCUGUCUGCGCUUGAAGAAGGAUCUCAAUAAAUGAUUG